AUGUUUAAACACCCAGUUUUCAUUAUUGCUGUCGAGCGUGAGAGCGCCGACAUGACCGAACUGCUGGCGAACUCUCUGGAGCUUCAUACUUCAUCGUUGCAAUCUCGCCGCGCGUCUUCUCCUAAGGAUAUGCGAGACGCUGUAGCAGGGGGAUUCAAACCAUCCAUUGUUCAACUCUCUCAGUUGACUCGACAUCGGGACUCUCGCCAGCUGCGUUCAUAA